AUGGCCGCCCAACAGGCGCAAGUCCAACCUUGUCGAUACAAAACCGGCAAGACACUCGGCGCUGGGUCAUACAGCGUUGUCAAAGAAUGCGUACACGUCGAUACCGGACGCUACUAUGCGGCCAAGGUCAUCAACAAGCGUCUCAUGGCCGGGAGGGAGCACAUGGUCCGCAACGAGAUAGCGGUGCUGAAGCGGGUAUCGAUGGGCCACCAGAACAUCCUCACGCUGGUGGACUACUUUGAGACUAUGAACAACCUAUACCUCGUCACGGACCUCGCUCUCGGCGGAGAGCUCUUCGACCGCAUCUGCCGGAAAGGCUCCUACUACGAAUCUGACGCCGCCGACCUGAUCCGCGCCACACUCUCAGCAGUCGCCUAUCUCCACGACCACGGCAUCGUGCACCGCGACCUGAAACCCGAGAACCUGCUCUUCCGCACACCAGAGGACAAUGCCGACCUCCUCAUAGCAGACUUCGGCCUCAGUCGAAUCAUGGACGAAGAGCAAUUCCACGUCCUCACAACAACCUGCGGUACACCCGGCUACAUGGCCCCCGAGAUCUUCAAAAAGAGCGGCCACGGCAAGCCCGUCGACGUCUGGGCAAUCGGCGUGAUAACCUACUUCCUCCUCUGCGGCUACACCCCCUUCGACCGCGACAGCAACCUGGAAGAGAUGCAAGCCAUCCUUGUAGCAGACUACUCUUUCACACCAUUCGAAUACUGGCGCGGCGUCUCGCAAUCCGCUCGCCGCUUCAUCAAAGCCUGUCUCACAGUCGAGCCCACCGAGCGAAUGACGGCUCACGAAGCCCUCUCGCAUGAGUGGAUCGCUGGUCCAGAAGGCGGACGUGGGGAGGAAGAUCUCCUGCCGACUGUGAAGAAGAAUUUCAACGCUCGCAGAACACUCCACAAAGCCAUCGACACUGUCCGCGCGAUCAACCAAUUGCGUGCUGGAGGUCUGGGCAUGAUGGACGGAGCGCAGAGCACGCAUCCGACGCGGGUGAACGAGACAUUGGAGGCCGCGAAGCCGCAUAGCGAGGAUGUAGAUAUGACGGACGCGGGGGCUGGAGGGGAUACGACGCAUGACAGUGGGGUAGUGAUGGAUCCGAGGGGGAAUGGGAUGGGCCAGACGGAGGCGCAGAUUCAGGAGCAGCAGAGGCGGAUAGAGAAGACGAUGAAGGGGCUUGGGAGGGCGCAGGCGACGUAG